AUGAAAGUCGACAUUGUCAAAGUACACGAGAUCUGGCCCCAGGGCUACGAGAAGUUAUCACGACAGUCUGCGAAUUUGCCAAUCUUGGAUGCAUGGUACGCCUACCGUCGUACGGUACCAACGAUAUACCUCUUCAAGAAACCGAAGCAGCUGCCGCAAGACCUCGUAGCGCGCCUUACUGCGAGUCUCUCCAAAACACUUGAUAUCUACCCACGUUUUGUUGGAACUUUGGAAACUGGCGCAACACCAAAUGCGGAGCAGGGCGAUCAAGAGUACCAGCGAACCACUGUCAGCUGGGGUAGUUCCAGCGACAAGGCGGUAUCGUUCAUUGAAGCGAGCACGAAGUCGCGCAUUCGCAGCUUACUUCCACCUGCUCCUCUGAACGAGUCGACACUCUUAUGGGACUACACACCCUCCUCUGUCCGAGCCCUGUUUCCGGCGCCCUCCCCUCAGCCUCCUGGCAUUCAGGUCCAGUUCACGGCGUUCGCAUGCGGUGGAUUCAGUCUUGGCAUCGACUUUGAACAUGGCCUGGCUGACGGUUAUACGGCGGCAAAGUUUCUAGAAAGCUGGUCGGUGAACUACGGGCAAAUGUUCCACGGCGAAAACGAUAGGCCCCAGAACCCGCCAUCAUGGCAGCCAGAGAUUUUCAGCGAGCAACUUGCUGAGAUCGACCUAGAGGAAUAUGGCCCUGCGCUCCUUAAAAAAGCUCAGGAACUUCCCACACGAGGCCCGUACCGCCGUACACUGAAGCCAAAUAGCUCAGGUGCCACGCAGACGCUAGAACCGGAGACCAUAUACAACUACCUCUUGCACAUACCAGCCACGGAGGUCGAGCACAAGGUCAAAGAACUACAGUCUAAAGGUUCAAUGCGCCUGACCGAUCAGGCAGUGCUGAUUGGCUUCUUCUGGGCCUGUCUCAAUCGGGCUCGCGGUCGUGUCCAACGGCCGCCAGUCGAUCUACAUCUGUCGAGCAGCUUCCGCUGGCUACUAGGCGUACGCGACGGACUACUGGGGUCCCCAUACGUCAAUGUCAUGAUCUCUCCUGAUGCCGAGAGCAAGCCCGACAACGCCACAGAUCCCAUCAACCUCGCCAUCAAGGUCACGGAGACCCUCGGUCAGUACGACGACAACGCAAUGCAUGCAAUCACCUACGACGCGACUUUCAAAGACAGCCCUUCGCGCACCUUUGCGUUCAAAGGUGGUGACGAACACCUUAUCUUUAGCUCGGUCGCGCACUUGGGUUACGAGAAGUUUCGUCUUGGACCGCUCAGCCCGUCCUUUUAUAUCCCGUCGUCCUCCAUACCUAACCUCUUUGUCUUGACAGAGGCCGUGCCCAAUGGUGAGCCGGUUGGUAAUGCUUGGUAUAAGAACGGGCUCAACUUGUUCUUGAAUGUCGGUGAGGAUGUUUUCGAGGCGUUUGCGUCUGAUCCGGCAUUGGGGGGUUGCGAAGUGUAUCAAGAUGUUUGA